CCGCUCUACUUCCCCACACUGGGAACCACACGCUUUCCGUGGAGCUGUCAUUUGGGAACCGAUACGGUCCACAGCCCUGUGUCCUCCAAAUACUGUAAAGCACCCUCUCCAGAUUCCUUGAAGGUCAUUUUAUAUUACACACUGGUCCACAUACGACACCAGAGUCACCACUUCCACCCGCCAAAGCGCGCUUAGAUCGGCCGCCACUUCCCUUGGUACAAGCGAAACAGGAGCCGCGCCGAGGCUGAAGGAGAGGACGGAAGCAGGAAUGACAGUCAAUGCUGUCACCUCUAUUUUGAGCAUAAGAGAUCUUUUUAAGCUCCGUUUUUUGUGUGGCUAAGUAUCGAAGAUAAGGCGGUUUCGACGGGCCUUGGUUAGAAACGGCCUCCUUGGCCACUGAGUACACCAAAGUCGGUGGCAGCACCAGACGCCAAGGGCGGGGCCGCUGCCUGGAGGGACUAGUUGGCGCGCGGCGGCCCGGCGUGGUGACGUCAGGGCGGAAGCGCACACGGCGUGAAGCGGCUGAGAACCCGGCGGUCACGGGAAUAUCCGUCGCGCCGAGAACGCUGGUUAGUUAGUCUCGUUUCGGGUUCCGGCUGCGUUGGGCUUGCGUGCAGCUCGCUAAGACUAUGGCGUCCGGGCCUCACCCGACAGCUACUGCUGCCGCCGCCGCCGCUUCGUCAGCUGUCCCAAGCGCGGGCGGCUCCAGCUCCGGGACCACUACCACGACGACGACCACGACGGGAGGGAUCCUGAUCGGCGACCGCCUGUACUCGGAAGUUUCACUCACCAUCGACCACUCUCUGAUUCCGGAGGAGAGGCUCUCGCCCACCCCGUCCAUGCAGGACGGGCUCGACCUGCCCAGCGAGACAGACUUGCGCAUCCUGGGCUGCGAGCUCAUCCAGGCCGCCGGCAUUCUCCUCCGGCUGCCGCAGGUGGCGAUGGCAACGGGGCAGGUGUUGUUUCAUCGUUUUUUCUAUUCCAAGUCUUUCGUCAAACACAGUUUCGAGAUUGUUGCUAUGGCUUGUAUUAAUCUUGCAUCAAAAAUCGAAGAAGCACCUAGAAGAAUAAGAGAUGUGAUUAAUGUAUUCCACCACCUGCGCCAGUUAAGAGGAAAAAGGACUCCAAGCCCCCUGAUCCUUGAUCAGAACUACAUUAACACCAAAAAUCAAGUUAUCAAAGCAGAGAGGAGGGUGCUAAAGGAGUUGGGAUUUUGUGUUCAUGUCAAGCAUCCUCAUAAGAUCAUUGUUAUGUAUUUACAAGUCUUAGAAUGUGAACGUAAUCAAACCCUGGUUCAAACUGCCUGGAAUUACAUGAACGACAGUCUUCGAACCAAUGUGUUUGUUCGAUUUCAACCAGAGACUAUAGCAUGUGCUUGCAUCUACCUUGCAGCUAGAGCACUUCAGAUUCCAUUGCCAACUCGUCCCCAUUGGUUUCUUCUUUUUGGUACUACAGAAGAGGAAAUCCAGGAUAUCUGCAUAGAAACGCUUAGGCUUUAUACCAGAAAAAAGCCAAACUAUGAAUUAUUGGAAAAAGAAGUAGAAAAAAGAAAAGUAGCCCUACAAGAAGCCAAAUUAAAAGCAAAGGGAUUGAAUCCUGAUGGAACUCCAGCCCUUUCAACCCUUGGUGGAUUUUCUCCAGCCUCCAAGCCAUCAUCACCAAGAGAAAUAAAAGCCGAAGAGAAAUCACCAAUCUCCAUUAAUGUGAAGACAGUCAAAAAAGAACCUGAGGAUAGACAGCAGGCUUCCAAAAGCCCUUACAAUGGUGUAAGAAAAGACAGCAAGAGAAGUAGAAAUAGCAGAAGUGCAAGUCGAUCAAGGUCAAGAACACGAUCUCGCUCUAGAUCACAUACUCCAAGAAGACACUAUAAUAAUAGGCGGAGUCGAUCUGGAACAUACAGCUCAAGAUCAAGAAGCAGGUCCCGCAGUCACAGUGAAAGCCCUCGAAGACAUCAUAAUCAUGGUUCUCCUCACCUUAAGGCCAAGCAUACCAGAGAUGAUUUAAAAAGUUCAAACAGACAUGGUCAUAAAAGGAAAAAAUCUCGUUCUCGAUCUCAGAGCAAGUCUCGGGAUCACUCAGAUGCAGCCAAGAAACACAGGCAUGAAAGGGGACAUCAUAGGGACAGGCGUGAACGAUCUCGCUCCUUUGAGAGGUCCCAUAAAAGCAAGCACCACGGUGGCAGUCGCUCAGGACAUGGCAGGCACAGGCGCUGACUUCCUCUUCCUUUGAGCCUGCAUCAAUUCUUGGUUUUGGCUAUCUACAGUGUGAUGUAUGGACUCAAUCAAAACAUAAACUGCAAACUGAUUAGGAUUUGAUUUCUUGAAACCCUCUAGGUCUCUAGAACACUGAGGACAUUUUCUGUUGAAAAGAACUAUGUUAAUUUUUUUGCACAUUAAAAUGCCCUAGCAGUAUCUAAUUAAAAACCAUGGUCAGGUUCAAUUGUACUUUAUUAUAGUUGUGUAUCGUUUAUUGCUAUAAGAACUGGAGCGUGAAUUCUGUAAAAAUGUAUCUUAUUUUUAUACAGAUAAAAUUGCAGACACUGUUCUAUUUAAGUGGUUAUUUGUUUAAAUGAUGGUGAAUACUUUCUUAACACUGGUUUGUCUGCAUGUGUAAAGAUUUUUACAAGGAAAUAAAAUACAAAUCUUGUUUUUUCUAAACUGCUUCAAAUAUCUUAUUUAAAUAAAUUAUUAAAAAGCAAAACGUUAAUAGCAAAA